AUGGCGCGUAGAUAUCGAGAUGCCGCUGCAAAAUUACAGCAAAAUGUUCAGAAACAUUUGAAGGAUAUGAAAGAAUUAUCCUCUUCGGAGGACGAGGAACCAUACGAAACUAGUGUUCUCGAAGGUGUAUUCCAGAGUUAUUCGAGAGGCGGUGGUGACACGUCCAUGCUAAAUAGAACAAAGAAUCUUCUAGAAGAAGCCAUCAGCGGCCGCUCUGUCACUUGUCUUAUAUGUAUAGGUUCCAUUAAAAGACUACACGCUAUUUGGACAUGUGAACACUGUUUUUCUUACUUUCAUUUGUCUUGCAUACAAAAAUGGUCCAACGACAGUAUCAGCUUACGUAGUGAAGAGAAUCAAGGUCCAAUUGCUGUGUGUAAGCCGAAGAAAAUCGAAUGGUGCUGUCCUAAAUGUCGACAGUCUUACACUAAAGAAGAGAUCCCAAGGAAAUAUCGAUGUUUUUGCGGUAAAACUGAUGAUCCACAAAAUCACCCGUGGCUCAUACCGCAUACAUGUGGAGAGGUAUGUGAAAAAAGAUUAUCAGUAGGAGAAAAUUGUAAGCAUAAAUGUUUGCUUCUCUGCCACCCUGGCCCCUGCCCGCCUUGCCCUCAGACUGUGAAUGGAGUGUGUUAUUGUGAAAAAGAGCGCAAGAGAGUGAGAUGUAGUGCAGCUCACUGGUCUUGUGGUAAACCUUGUAAGAAAACACUAUUGUGUAGAACUCAUAAAUGUGAAAAUGUAUGCCAUGAGGGCGACUGUGAUCCGUGCAACUACAGUAGCACCCAGACUUGUCAGUGUAAAGCUGAGAAAACUAAGAGACCAUGCAACAAUCCAUUCUGGCAAUGCAGCAAGGUAUGCAACAAAUUAUACACCUGUGGCUACCACAGAUGUGAGAGAGUCUGCCACUCUGGUGACUGUGGCUCCUGUCCCAAUUCGGGUAUGUCAUCUUGCCCGUGUGGUGCAAACCAACGCUUUGUGCAAUGCCCUGAUGUUAUGGAAACUUGUCUUGGUACAUGUGGAAGGAAACAUAAUGACUGUGAACACAACUGCCCAGAAAAAUGUCACAAAGGGCCAUGCCCACCGUGCCAAGUGUUGGUUCAGAAGAAGUGCCAAUGUACAAUGCAUACCAGAUCAUUACCGUGCAGUAAAGAAUUCAAAUGUGAAACUAAAUGCAAGGGAACUAGACCAUGUGGCAAACACGGUUGUGCACGGAAGUGUUGUAAUGGUAACUGUCCACCGUGUGAAAAAAUAUGUGAUAAACCUCUUCAAUGUGGUAGACAUAAAUGCACAAGUAUUUGUCAUCGUGGACCCUGCUACCCAUGUCCUAGGGAAUCAAAAGUAACUUGCAGAUGUAAGGAAACAUACAUUACAGUCCUAUGUGGAAGGGAGAGACACACUAAACCCCCAAAAUGUUCAAUGCUAUGCAAACUUAAGUAUAAAUGUGGUCAUGUAGAGGAAAAUAGACACUCUUGCCAUUUUGGAGAAUGUCCACCUUGCAAAGCAAUAUGUGACAAGCAAUAUCCAAAAUGUGGACAUCAUUGUGAAGCAGUAUGCCAUGAAUAUGUGGCUGUUGUUUUUAAACAGGUUGAAAAGCCUGCUACACCCUGGGAGGUUCAACCACCAAAAACUAAAAUAAUGACUUUGGAAUGUCCUCCAUGCAAUACACCGGUUCCAAUAGUAUGUUUCGGAGAACAUGAGACUGAUGAACAGCCUUGUCACUCUGCUACUAGAAGACCUUGCGGAAGAGAAUGUGGACGUCUACUUGCUUGCAGUAACCACAAGUGCUCCUUACUAUGUCAUCUCUAUAGUCCAGUUGCUGAGUACCCAAAUGUGCCAUCCAGUUGCCGACAGUGUAACCAAGAAUGUUUAGUUUCACGUCCAGAAAAAUGUACACACAAGUGUCCAAAGCGUGCCUGCCAUCCUGGUCCUUGUCCUCCCUGUGAAGUACUAGAAAGGCUUCCUUGCCACUGUGGCAUAACAGAAAUAUAUUUACGUUGCCGAGAAAUAUCUGUUGCCACUGAGGAAAAUUUAUCAUGCAAGCAACAGUGUCCAAAGAAUCUGGAAUGUGGCCACCGUUGCCGCAAUACAUGUCAUUCGGGGCCUUGUGGGAAUCAGAUAUGUACUAAAAAGACUAAGAUACACUGCACAUGUGGUAAUAUUAAAAAAGAAGCUCCAUGCAAUGCUGUCCGUAGUGGAGAAAUAAAAAUACUUUGUGAUGCAACAUGUGAAGCUAAGAAGAUAGCAGCAAAGAUAGAAAGUGAAAAAGAGAAGCAAAGACUAAAAGCGUUGGAGGAGGAAAAGAAUAGAAAAGAGUUGGCUGAAUAUGAAUGGAAAUUAAGUGGUAAGAAGAAGAAAUAUAAAGAAAAGAGGGUAGUUGUUAAUACAGAUGAUAGAGGAGUGUUACAAAAAUACUGGAUACCAAUAUUGUCUGUAAUUAUAGCUAUAUUAGGGGCUUGUUAUUACGUAUUUUAUGUAUAA